GAAAAAAUCACUAACCACGCCUCUACAGUUGCUCUACAGCUAGGAUGACGGAGAGAACACUGUUUCCCAGUUUCGGGCCCUCUGGAGCUGCAGCUAGCACCACUGCUGAUGAAACCAGUGCUACUAGUGCUACCAGUGCUACUAGCUGGUUGCAAAACUCUAGCUUUCCUCAGCACUUGGUGGGGCGACUCAACUCAGAAUCUGUUCAGGGCAGUGUUAAAACUGCCAUCCCAGUAAAGUCGUCUGAAUCCGUUAAAAAAGAUUCUAAAAGAAGGAGAACUGAUAAAGUCAGUGCAGAGAAAAAGAAAAAGAAGAAGAAACAUAAGAAACAUCACAGUGAUAAAGUUGUUGAGCAGAUUUCAAAGUUUGAUCUGUAUGAGCUGCUUUAUAAAGGUGAUAAAAACAACUACCGUUACGGUUCGCUGUACUCGUAUGAUAUCCCCUCCUACAAAAUACGUAUAAAGUGCUGUCUUGGUGACAAUACUAAAACUCCCUAUCUCCAAGCUGGAACUAAACCCAAACCUCCUCCAGCUUCCCUUGAUCCUGCAGCUAGGUAUUACAAGAGGAUCUCAGCGCCGGAGCUGACCCUCUCCCACCGCACACGGUUCCUACGUAUAAACGCUGACUAUAUCUCCCUGACAGUAUCAUCCUCAUGUUGGGAGCCAGCUGAGCCUGUACUCGCUGUUCUGGAUCCUUCUAAAUCACAACCACUGGAUCUGGACCGCUGGAUACAGUUCAUUCAAUCCACUGGUACAACUAAAGCUGGAUUAGAACGCAGAUACGAAAUCUGUCAGAAAGCGAGGAAAUUUUUACCUCAAAAUCUACUGAUUCUUAAAAAGACAAUCGACACUGCUAAGCAGUUCAUGUCGAAUCAACAAAUAGGGCGUGUGUGGACUGAUAUUCUGUUUCAUCAUCCUAACAAACUGGACCUAUGGCUGGAGUAUCUUCACUACAAAGCGAACAAUCUUACUGAGCUGAAUUUCUCCUCGGUCGUUGCUGCAUACAGAAAAUGUUUUGGCACAUUGUUUGGAUUCCACCAAGGAACCUUUAGAAGUCACGUAUUUGACGGAGACAUAGAUACGGCACUCACGCAGGUCGCCGCACGAUUCAUCAAGCUCUUGUACCAUAUGGGAUACACUGAAAAAGCAACAACUUACUGUUCAUCACUCCUUGAACUUUCAACCUCGCAGAAGAGCAAGAGCGACUUCGUUACUUGGUAUGAGAAAGGAUGUACGUUACUGGGCUCAUCUGGAUAUGAAGAAUGGUGGAAGUCGGAGGUUCCAUCUCAUGUUACUGAAACUGUAACUCAGAAGCCCGAUGGACUUGUGGAAGAUAAGAUUUGGUGUUUGUGGUUGCAAGAGGAGGAAAGGAAAGAAAACCUCUCGAGCGGUCCAACGAAUAGAAGAUUGACAGGUGAGGUAAUUGAUCCUGAGUGCUGUGUUACCGCCUCGUGGUUACAACAGUUUCUGUUCACAUCCCAAAAACCUGACCUGCUGUUCGAAAGCAUGUUUCGAUUACAUCUACCAGACAACAUCGCUCACCUACCUUUUCUAGCUUUGUUUCAUUGUCAGAUCAAACUCUUACACAACAAUUUGGAGUACCUGAUGAGGUUGUGUGAACAGAUGUACUCAAGACUGGAAAACCAAACUGUUAUUGGGGUCUUUUGGACUCUUCUUACUCAUCUAAAGUCCUCAAAUGUUAAGAGCACAUCUCGGUUUGUGAAGGGUCUGCUAAAAGAGCCAGGACACCGCAACAACAUGACCUACUGGUCCCUCUUUACUCACUUCACCUCGGAGAGCCACUCCGUGCUUCAGAAACUACUCACUACUCCUCUCUCCGCGUAUCAUGAAGCAGUGUUGAGGAACAAGUUGGCACUUUGUCAGGAAGCUGGGACACAGGGAGAUAGGGGGAGAGUUGAUAGUGUUGAUAGUGUUGAUAGGGAGAUUGAGGAGCUGAUCUGUAAACCCAUUCUCAGCACGACAGAGACCCUCCACCUGGGCACGUACGCUACCAACCUGUUCUGCUCCAACUACACCACCCUCUCACCCCUCUCACCAGAACAAGGACCCUACCUGUUAGCCCACGUGGGUAGAUUAGUGGAGUCGGGGCUGCCACGUGACCAGAUCCAAGUGGACUUGUUGGUUCUCUUCAGACACGUCAUACAGACCGAGCUGAAGCGUGGUGACGAGGCAGAUACCAACAUUCUAAGGAAGGUAGCCCUGUUAGCAGUGGAGCAGUUUCCUCAGAUACAAAUGUUCUGGGACCUUUUAAAGAAACAUGUGACAAUGACUAGUAAAAUAUGGGAAAGAUUAUUAAAGAGCAACCAAGAAACAAUGUGGUACUGCAGAGUUACACACGAGUGUGACAAGCAGGAAACUCACCCGGAUAUCAACCUGACUAACCGGAUAAUAUCCCUGGCGGUCACCUCUGUUGAUACCUUCCCUCGCUCGCUACUAUUGUGGGAGCUUUAUACUCAUAUCUCGCAGAAGUACGAUACAAAGUCCCUGAAAAGUGUUCUCAUUCGAUCCAUCAAGGAAAAUCCUUCUAUGAAGCAAUUUUACCUACAAGCUAUCCACUGUUGUCCCGAGGAGGCAGAAACAGUGUACGAGCUGAUAGAAGAGAAACAGAUCAGGCUGAGAACUCUUAUAGAGGAAAUUCAGAUGUUCUGCCAAUGAAAACUUAUCAGAUCACGAGAUCUUCACCUAAAUGGAUGUUAUUCUAAAUGACACUGUUCUUUAUUAAGAUAUAUAUGACAGCAGAUAAAACAAACAAGUAACUGAGAAGAAACACUGAACAAUAACUAAAUUUGUUUUUCCAGUUAGAUUGGUUAUGGUUUCUGGUAGUACGCGGAGAAAAAUGAGAUAUGUUGAGUAUUACAGGAGCCCUGAUUGACCUUCCGUGGUAUUGGUGGUAUGUUAUUUCAACAUGAUUGUUCAGAAGUUGUGACUGGGAUUGCAAACAAAAUGCCAAAACUCGUAAAUUUCACCAAAUAAAACGCAAAAUUCCUGUUAGUGAUAUUUGAAAACCGAAUAAUGGGGAUGAUCAUCAAUCUGAGAAAUUCUAUGCAUACAAUAUUACUUUUUCAGCUGCAAUAUCGUUAAUUGAUAAAGAUAAUUGUCUGCUCCCAUUUUCCAAGUUGAAAAACAAUCUUAUCAGAAAAUGUCCCUUGUAAUUUUGUUACCCAUUGUCCAGUGUGUCCAAGCCUAAUAAGAGCUAUUUCGUGUUGAGAAAUUGUUUUCUUUUCCCGUUAAAUGGCCGGUACGCCCGACGUUUACCUCUGUUCUCUUCUUCCCCGUGAAGAACUUCUUGAAGACUGUUUUCCUCUCCCAUUGCCCGUUUAUGCAAUAUCAAGUUAUCCUCUUCCUCCAGGACUUCAUUUUCUGAUCCCCUCGGCAUCUUGUGCAGCACUUCAUCUUCUGCUCCCCUCUUGUGUAGAAUCUCGUCUCCAGCGUUUCGUUUAUGUAGAAUUUCGUCUCCAAUGUCUCGUUUAUGCAGAAUUUCCUCUUGAGACUCCCUUACGUAUCGGGUGUGCUGUGCCUGUAAGUGUAAAUAUCUUACAAUUAGUAAUUAACUAACCAUAGUGC